AUUGUUUGGAAAACUUAAUUACGACAUUUAGGACGUAAUACGUCAUCAAAUUCUUGUAUAAGAUGGCCAAAGCGUCGCCAAAGCCAAAAUGUAAAAAAUGUGAAGAGAAAUGCGGAAAAGGCAAAGCCAGUCCGGAAAUUUUAACUCAAUUGGAAGCAGGUUUCGACAAACUCUCCAACUCCGACUCUCCGUCCAUGUUAAAACGAUUUUUAACUCGAGAGGUGCUGGAUAAACUCAAGACCAAAAAAACCUCUUUUGGUUCCACUCUUCUGGAUUGCAUACAGUCGGGUUUGGAAAAUUUGGAUUCUGGCAUUGGAAUCUACGCAGCCGAUCCGGAAUGCUAUCAAGUGUUUGCGGAGCUUUUCGAUCCCAUCAUAGAAGAAUAUCACAAUGUAAAAAAAUCAGACAAGCAACCAUCCACGGACUGGGGUUCGCCCAAUGUCUUUGGCAACUUAGAUCCAAAAGGCGAAUUUGUCGUAUCAACUAGAGUUCGGUGCUGCCGCACCUUAAAAGGGUACCCCUUCAAUCCCUGCAUGACUGAAGAAAAUUACAAAGACAUCGAAAGUCAAAUGCAAGCAAUUUUAAAUGAUUUGACUGGAGAUUUGAGCGGAACUUACAAUCCGUUAACAAGUAUGCCCAAAGAUGUGCAGCAGAAACUCAUCGAGGAUCAUUAUCUGUUCAAAGAAGGUGAUCGGUUUCUUCAAUCAGCAAAUGCCUGCAGAUAUUGGCCCACUGGUCGCGGUAUCUUCUACAACCAGAAUAAGUCGUUCCUGAUCUGGAUUUGUGAAGAAGACCAUCUACGUAUUAUGUGCAUGCAACAAGGCGGCAAUGUGGGCGAAGUGUAUAAGAGAUUGGUUACAGCGGUUAAUGAAAUCCAGAAAAAAAUCAGCUUUGUAACCAAUGACCGGUUUGGGUAUUUAACUUUUUGUCCGACAAACUUGGGAACAACAAUCCGCGCUUCAGUGCAUAUUAAAGUUCCGAGACUGUCCAAGAACAUGGACAAAUUUAAGCAAUUGGCCGAUAAGUAUCAUUUGCAAAUACGCGGGGCUCAAGGAGAGCACAGUGAUUCUCCAGAUGGAGUUUACGAUUUGUCCAAUAGAAGGCGGUUGGGUUUAACCGAGUUUCAGUGUAUGAAGGAAAUGUACGAUGGCAUUACUGAAAUAAUUAAAGCGGAGAAGGAAGCAAAAUAAGAGUAGACAGUAUGUUAUCUGUGUUCUUGUUUAAAGUUUGCUAUUAAAGUUAUAUGCGUA